AUGGAGGUUGAGGUGAAUGCAGGGUCUGGCCAGCGGCCCGCCGCCCACACGCUGUUGAACGAGUCUCGAAGCCUGUUGCAUCGUGAUAGUGUCUAUGAAGACGAAGAUUCCAUUGGCCUUGGAGGAUUGAUUGGAACAAACCCCUUUCUAUUUGGGGUUUUAUACAGCGGUGAAUAUGCGACUGGUCGUCUGCGUUCGACGUCAUGCGACAUGGACAUUGAAUCCGACAGGGCAGCUUUUAGUGAACGACUCACGAAAGACGACAUCCACAAUCUAUCUCGUCGUCGCCAUCAACCAGUCCCUAAGGAACAGUUUCACGAUACCUCUUAUAUAGCUGGCAUAAAAGCGACGACCUCGAACUUCUUCCUCUACUCUCUGACGAUUCAGCAACCUACCGUCAUCACCCAAGCCAUCCUCGGCCAAUUCUCCGGCCAGAAGCUCCAAGAGAUUGUAGUCGCCUCAGGCUCUCGAUUGUCCCUUCUCAGACCCGAUCCCAACGUCGGCAAGGUCAAUACUAUCCUCACUCACGAUGUCUUCGGUAUCAUUCGAUGUUUGGCCGCGUUCAGGCUGGCUGGAAGUGGCAAAGACUAUAUCAUAAUCGGUUCCGACUCUGGACGUAUCACAAUCCUCGAAUACAUCCCAACGCAGAACAAAUUUAAGCGGCUACAUCUCGAAACAUUCGGAAAAUCUGGGGUUCGCCGUGUAGUGCCCGGACAAUACCUUGCCUGCGAUCCGAGAGGAAGAGCGUGCCUCAUUGCAUCGGUGGAGAAGAACAAGCUCGUUUAUGUUUUGAACAGAAAUGCACAGGCGGAACUCACGAUUUCGUCACCACUGGAAGCGCACAAACCCCAUUGCCUAGUUUUUGCGCUGUGCGCCCUAGACGUCGGGUAUGAGAAUCCAAUAUUCGCGGUUCUUGAAAUGGAUUAUUCCGAAACAGACCAAGAUCCGACUGGUGAAGCGUAUAGAGAAGCGGAAAAGUCUCUCACAUACUACGAGUUAGAUCUCGGUCUAAAUCACGUUGUGAGGAAAUGGUCUGAGCCGGUGGAAAGAUCAUCAAACUUCUUGCUCCACGUACCGGGAGGGAGUGAUGGCCCAUCCGGUGUUUUGGUCUGCUCUGAAGAUGCUGUUACUUAUCGCCAUAUGAACCAACCGGAGCUGAGGGUUCCAAUUCCAAGAAGACGUGGCGCCUGCGAAGAUCCAAACAGAAAGCGAUUUAUCACGUGUGGUGUCAUGCAUAAAAUGAGGGGUGCAUUCUUUUUCUUAUUACAGAGCGAGGACGGUGACUUAUUCAAAGUCGGGUUGGAUUUUGAUGAAAAUUCAGUCGUAAGACUUAGAAUUAAAUACUUUGACACUGUUCCGAUUGCCACUAGUCUGUGCAUUCUGAAGAGUGGUUUCCUAUUCGUGGCGAGCGAGAACGGCAAUCAUCACUUCUACCAAUUCGAAAAACUUGGUGAUGAUGAUAACGAGACGGAAUUUACAUCGGACGACGAAAUUAAUGCGGCAUAUUUCUCGCCCCGGCUAGCUGAGAACCUGGCUCUUAUGGAGAGUGUGGACAGCAUGAACUCUCUUCUUGACUGCCAGAUCGCAAAUCUAACAAACGACGAUGCGCCCCAAAUCUACACAAUAUGUGGAGCCAACGCCCGGUCCUCUUUUAGAACACUGAAACAUGGUCUAGAAGUCUCGGAGAUAGUAUCCUCCGAGCUUCCUGGUGGGCCUGUUGCGGUGUGGACUACAAAACUAGCUAGUCAAGACGAGUAUGAUGCAUACAUCGUGCUAUCGUUUACUAAUGGAACGUUGGUUUUGAGUAUUGGAGAAACUGUGGAAGAGGUCACAGAUACCGGGUUUUUAUCUUCGGCACCAACUUUGGCGGUCCAACAAUUAGGAGAGGAUGGACUGCUGCAAGUUCACCCCAAGGGUAUUCGACACAUCCGUGCCGAUAGAAGAGUGAAUGAGUGGCCAGCGCCCCAGCACAGAUCGAUUGUUGCCGCUUCCACAAAUUCCCGCCAGGUUGCAAUCGCCUUAUCCAGUGGUGAGAUUGUGUACUUCGAAUUAGAUUCAGAUGGGCAACUCGCCGAAUAUGAGGAUAAAAAGGAAAUGUCUGGUACUGUCACUUGUCUAUCACUUGGAGACGUGCCUGAAGGAAAAAUGAGAAGCUCCUUCCUAGCUGUCGGUUGUGAUGACAGCACUGUCAGAAUCCUUUCAUUAGACCCUGACUCGACACUUGAAUCCAAAUCCGUCCAGGCUCUAACCUCGGCUCCUACAGCGCUGAGGAUAAUGUCGAUGCCUGAUUCGGCGGGUGGUGACUCACAACGUUCUACUUUGUUCCUUCAUAUCGGUCUAUACUCUGGUGUCUAUCUUCGAACGGUUCUCGACACUAUCACCGGUGAACUGACAGACACCAGAACCCGUUUCUUGGGACCCCAACCAGUUAAAUUGUUCAGCGUUUCUGCUGCCGGCACGACGGCCAUCCUAGCCUUAAGCUCAAAACCAUGGCUCGGAUACACCAACGGUUCAGGCCAAUACCUUCUCACUCCACUCUCCUACCAAUCCCUGACCUACGGCUGCACCUUCUCCAGCGAACAAUGUCCGGAAGGUAUGGUCGGCAUUCAGGGAAACAACCUACGAAUCUUCACGGUUGAGAAAAUCAGUGAAAACCUUCAGCAGGAAUCAAUCCCUCUAAGUUACACACCCAGGAAGAUGGCAAAGCACCCAACAGCACCAUACUUCUACGUUGUCUCUUCAGAUGCAGAUACCCUCUCCCCUGAAUCCCGCAAUAAUCUCAUCGCAAAAGCCCAAAACGGGGAUUCCACGGAACUGCCACCUUCGGAAUUCGGCUACCCACGUUGUGAAGGCCACUGGGCAUCCUGUGUCGAAGUAGUAGACCCUAUCAACAAAGAAGUAACCCACAAGAUCGACCUCGGCGAAAACGAAGCCGCGCUCUCUAUUGCCGUUGUUCCAUUCUCCAGCCAGGACGACGAACACUUCCUCGUAGUUGGUACAGCAAAGGACCUAGUCUUAAACCCACGUUCCUCCUCUUGCGGCUAUGCGCACGUCUACCGUCUUUCCGACGGCGGGAAAACAAUCCAGUUCAUCCACAAGACCAAACUAGAAUACGCCCCGUUGGCCUUUGCCGCUUUCCACGGCCGCCUUUUGGCAGGUAUAGGUCAAGACCUUCGAAUCUACGAUCUAGGAAUGAAACAACUACUCCGAAAAACCCAGGCCACCGUCGCACCAAACUUGAUCACCGGUCUAACCACGCAGAACAACCGUAUCAUCGUCUCGGACAUCCAAGAGUCCGUUACAUACGUUGUCUACAAACAACAAGAGAACAAGUUAAUCCCCUUCGCAGACGACAUGGUCCCCCGAUGGACAACCUGUACCGCACUGUUAGACUACGAAUCCGUCGCCGGUGGCGAUAAAUUCGGAAACCUCUGGGUCGUCAGAGCCCCCCCGAAGGCAUCAGAAGAAGCCGACGAAGAUCCAUCUUCAGGCUACCUCCUCCAUGAAAAAUCAUACCUCCAGGGCGCUCCAAACCGUGUAAACCUCAUGUCGCACUUUUUCACACAAGACGUACCUACUUCAAUACAGAAGGUUAAUCUUGUAGCCGGUGGAAGGGAUUGUGUGGUUUGGAGUGGAUUACAGGGAACAAUCGGGAUUAUGGUGCCGUUUAUUAGUCGUGAGGAUGUUGAUUUUUUCCAGACUUUGGAACAGCAUAUGAGGACUGAAGAUGCGCCGUUGGCUGGAAGGGAUCAUUUGAUUUAUAGGAGUUAUUAUGUGCCUGUUAAGGGGGUUAUUGAUGGAGAUUUGUGUGAAAGGUUCGCCCUACUUCCGUACGAUAAGAAGCAGAUGAUCGCAGCAGAAUUGGACAGAAGUAUUCGAGAAGUCGAAAGGAAGGUUGCAGAUAUGAGGACCAGAGUGGCAUACUAA